AUGGUUUAUGGACAACAACUAAAUCAGGCGUUCACUCGUUUCAACUCAUUUUGUCACGAGAAAACGAAUCGAAUCCGGGAAUCAUUUUCGCCUUCAAGACCAGCCUCUAAUCAAUCCGAUCGCUCAUCCACAUCAGGCACCUCAACCCUGCUCGAUCCAGAAGAGACUAAAGAAAUGCAAUCACAGCAAAAAACCCAAUCGUUGAACGAAAGAAGCGGCUCGGUGAAGAAUAAAACGGAACAAAACGAGGAAAAAAUGCCCGACAGAACUGUAAUUUUUCUAAAC